CGCCAUUCGUCGAACGACUGCUGGCCGCACCGGACGACACCUGGAGAAGAGAGCCCACAGAGAAGCGAGCGCGUGUGCAAAAAGGCUUACAAGUGCGUGACGGUGUGUGAGCGCGAGUGUGUGUGUGUGUGCUACGGAUUCACAGGAGAAGGAUUCGAUCAUCCUUGUGCCUGUCCGGUGUUCAGUGCUCCCGGCGACGAUAGCGUUAGUGCGGUAGUGUGCGCGUGUGUGAGAUUAAUCGACGUGAUUAAAAUAGAAGCUAAGCGGCAAGUGUUUGAUGGAAGAUGGUAGUGAUGUGUAAAGCAAACGGCAGUGCUUUUGGUUAACAUUGUGACCUUCGGAUGGUAGGAACACAGGCAGGCACAAUAGAAACAGUGAGUUGUAAAGGAACAAUAUGUAGGCUCUACGAAAAUGUGUGCGAAUGUAUUUUACACAGUUUAGAAAGUGAAACAACAAGCCGGGGGUAAUUUCAAACAUUUCGAAGGCCAAAUUCAGUUUCCCUCUGCUGCAGCAACCACUUUUACGAAACAUUCCGGCUGAAGAACUAAUUUGGAAAUAAUUUUUAAGUGCGUGCAUCAUUUUCACUUUCUCAAAGCAAAAAACAAAAACCUUCCGUCUGCUGAACAAUCGGUACCGUAGCGGGUGGAAGCGAAAGAACGUCCCAUAAACGGAGCGGAUCUAUGCAGUGACCCACAUCUUUAGACCCUCCGGCUAAUUUUUGAAGUGUUUUUAAAUCGGUGAUUACACACGCCACACGCCGGAAACGGAACAUCGCGGAACACGUGUAGCAGCAGCCACCGUCGAAGCCGAAGCCGGUGUUGUAGUGUGACACGUGGUUAAGUGUUUGGAGCAUCAGCCAGAAAUCGACAUUCCGGAAUUUCGGCGAACGGGGCGGCCCAAGAGAUGGGACUGCUUGAAUGGAUCAAAAAAGACAAGCGUCACCGACGGCGCGACAGUGCUCCCCCGAAGGUGGGCCAAGGUCAAGAUUUAGCCUACCUGGAGGCGUUGGCAAAGUUCAACGAGUGGCGUACUCAACAACGCAACAGUGACAUUUUACCUAACCUAAACACAUCACCCAGUCAGGUGAAUGCGACACUUCCACCCCGGCUAACGCUGUCCGCACACGGUACAAUCAAGGAGGAACCUUCCGGUGACGACGACAGCGACUGCGAUGGUGACUUCAGCUCUGACAUCGAGCUGGCUCGUGACGAGCGGAUGAUAUUAAACCGUACCACUAGCCGGUUUGAAGUGCCAAAGUCUCCAAGAUACGCUCGUCAUCAUCGUGCCUCAACGGCAGCUCCAACGGGUACGCCUGCCUCGCAACAUUCCGAACUGGCCCCCAAGAAACCGAAACGGUCCGUCGAGUUCUAUCGCAACAUUAACCGUAUCCCGACCGACGCAUCGUCUACCACGUCUCAGAACUCAAACAGUCAGUGGAACAACGGAUCGAAAGCGAUUGAGAAAAAUCACACCAAUCCGGCCGAAUCGAGACUGUCUCUUCCGGCGGUACUGGGCAAGGAACCGUUGGGACGGUUUCCCAAACGUUCGAAGGUUGUCACUCCGAAACCGAACAACACGAUCUACGAGAACGAGGUGGCAGAAUUUGAGGCACACCACAUUAACGGAACGUUUGGUGAUUCGUACGUGGUACAAAGCCCCCCACGGCUGUUUUACAAAGCGAACGCAAGUCCGUAUGCUGACGGUACGCCGAAGAAGCAGAGCAAUCUCAAGGCUCGUUCGCGUGUGUUUAAAGACAAGCCCGCACCGGCACCACCCGUGACGGGACUGUCUGCUUCAGCCUCUCUCAGAUUGUCCAACUGUCUACCGAAACAGCGUCAGCCAAGCGAUUCUGAUUCUCCACUGACCGGAUCCUACCGGAAGUACGAGCUUAACUCAUCCUCCGUCUACGACGAACACGUCAUCUCUUCCCGCGCCUAUCGCGGUUCGAUGAAGCCCAAAGGUGCCGACGAGCAAUCGCCCGCACCGGCCAAGCAGCGCCACAAAUCUCUCUCCUAUCAAACGAUCAUCAACAAACACGGCGAUCUGGUGGACUAUGCGCUACCGUUCAGUGACAAUGCGGACACGACGGCAGAAACCAAGCCAGAUCAAAACAGCAGCAAGCCGCACCAUACCCCGGGUCAAGACACGCUGGCCGAGAUACGAAACUGCGAGCAGCUGGUCAACGACAAUUUCCAAUUCCUGCAAACGACUGCCUUUCACGAUGAGUCUAGCUGCAUCUUUACCGAACCGAUCAGUGUGCUGAAGGGCCGAUCCAGACGGAUCGUCACCGAUCUGGAUCGGUCCAAUGCGAGCACUCUGAAGGAAGGUGACGAUGAGGAGCUCCAACAGCAGCAGAUGGAGCAGGCUGACGAGUUGCUACAACACCGCCAGCAAGAGAUCGAUGCACAGCUCGUGCAGCUGGCACUGCAGGAAGAUCCGCAGGAUAUUCUGCUGGAGCUGGAUUCGUUGCAGAAGUGGAGCAAAAGCAUCCAGAUGUCGGACGACUUUCUACAGUCGCGCUACACGGAGCGGAAUUUGUUGGAAUGUUUCCGGCGCACCGUCGGCAGCAACCUGCUGACGUGCUUCCCGAACGAGGUGCGCUACCGGGUGGGAAGCUUGCGCAGUGCCUUUGCCUGUCCGCUGGAGUUUUCCUGCGGGCUGUUCCGUGGUGUGGCGGUGACGUUGCGCAAGUACUCGUUGAACAUGGAGCGCAGCCUGUACUUUGCCGAGGAAGCUUGUCGGCGAGACUUUGAGGUGCUUGCGCAGGUUCGUCAUCCGACGAUGGUAACGCUGAUGGCUGUAUCGUACGAUUCGGCCCUCAAUCAAGCCACGCUACUGCUGGAACCGUUUGAUUUUACGCUAUUUGAUUACAUUCAUAAAAUGAAUAAGCGACUAUCGUUGAUUCAUGCGAUCACUGUCGUCCAGCAAAUCUCAUCCGCCGUCUGCUAUCUGCAAGAGUGCGGCUACAUCCACUCAAACAUAUCCAGCGGUUGCAUACUGAUGCGACGUUACCCGUAUUCCGUCAAGCUAACCUCGUUCGAGCUCACUACCGAUGCUUCCUCCGACGAAGUGCGGCGUGAAAUCGAGAACCGUUACGGGAGCACCUCUUCGUCACGCAACUCCAUGACCUCCUCGCAGAACGAUGAGCUGAAGAAGAUCACCACCUACGCCAGGCUGAUCAAGAACGAUGAGCAAUUUCUGCGUGACAAGUACCGCAAGCUGUCGACGGAAAUUGGCGAAAAUCGCUCCAAACCACACGGGGCACAGCUUUCGUUCGGCGAUACCGGUACGGGAUACGACUGUCGGGCAAGCCGCUUCCUGCCCUACUGCAAGGAGUACCGGGAAAAGUUUUCCCUGUUCUACUAUGUCGCCCCGGAGCUGCUCGUUCCGAAGGCUAGCUUUGUGUAUCCGUGCAAGAGCACCGACGUGUACUCGGUUGCGUUGCUGCUGUGGGAAAUUCUGAACGGUUACGUUCCAUUUGUCGUGUACAACCGGGCCGAGCUGGAGAAGUUGCACACCUCCGCCGAUCUUCCGCUGCCCAUGUUCGAGAAGGAACGCUGCGAGCGCUUCCGGCAGAUUUUCGAAGGUGGGCUGGGUGAUCUGAACAGUAGAAAAAUCACCAUGGGCAAUGUGGUGGAUCUGCUGGACUGUUUGCUGCUCGAGCUGGGCAUGGAGAAGAACGGAACCUACGAUUGGCUGGCAGAGGAUUACGAGGAGCGUGCAAAUUCGUCGGAAGUGAGACUGAAAAAUGAGCUGAACGACGUUCGGAAGCAGAGUGCACACGUCGAGAAAGCGGAUAAGAUCUACUUCCACACGGAGGAAUCGGAGCUGACCAAGGCACCGAAACAGCUGCCCAAAAAGCCGACUAGGAAAAUUAAUAAAACAAAAGCUUCCGCUCAGCAGCAAGCUCCCAAGCACCAAGGGCAACGAUGGUCGGAUGUGGGCUCGAAGGAACGGCUGCAAACUCUCGACAAAAAGUCACCGCUGAGCUCAACCUUUAGCCUUUCGAACUCGGCGAUCUAUCAGACAAUUUUCGAUUUUAAUAAUAAGUUUCUCUCGCCCAAAUCGUCCUCGAAGCAAGCUAUAUACGACCGAACAAGUACGGUGAAAAAGCACAAGAAGCCACCGCGCGCGAAUAAAAAGGCGGCCAAAGAGCUGUUCGAAGUGCAGGAUCAGCUUAACAAGAGCUUUAUCGAGCAGGGUGAGCAGAUCGAAAGCGGUAGACGGGAUAGCGAGUGUAUGCCUUUGCACGAACGGCAAACCGAGCGUACUUCCGUCAACUCCUUAGAACACGCAGUGUCUGAUGAGCCCGAAACGAAGCCAGAACCGAUAAGACCAUCCUGCAGUGAUUCGGAGGAAAAAUGCACCCCGGUACAGCGAAAUCAUCCGUCGAAAUCGUGCGACAGUUCGCCGGGUACGAGACGCCGCAGUAUUACACCGAAGCUGAACAACUCGUUCCGCUUCACGAUAGGCGACUUUACCCUUCCCGAUACACCGAUAGCACGCAAAAACAAAAUACGCAAGCAUGCAUGGCUGUCGGAUCAGAAGCUGCGCAUUGCAGAUGAAUCGUCGCAGCCUGCCACACCGGAAGACUGCCGCAGUAAAUCGUUCUUCAACGCGGAGCUGGCAGCUCGCAGCGGUUCCUUCCUAACCUCGACCAACCUGAACUGCUCCACGUCGCUGCAGGACAUCAAACCGAAGCGUAUCAACAUUAGCGUCAACAUUAUCCGCUCUCCUGAGACUCGCUCGACCGUCGCGACGAUGCCAACAAAUGGCACACCCAAGCUGAUCGUUAAUGGUGGUCCACCGUUCGAGGAUUCGCUGUGGAAAAAGGAGAAACUUAUAUGCGAACGCAGCCAACUGCCGGCAUCGGAUGAAGCGAAGGAAGCCAAACAGGACGAUUGCUGUUCCGGGGAGGAAAAGCAAGAAGUGAACGCUGGUGGAUCGUUGGAUGAUUCCUUGAGUGUUGUCACUGCUCACCUUUCAUCGGUCAGAGAUGUUAUUAAGAAGAUUGAAACAACGUUUGAAAAGACCGGUUUCGAUUACAGUCCGGUAAGACGAAUGGAUGGCAGUGGAAAGCGAUCGGCAACCGAGGGUAGCUCAAAGAAAAGUGCCGAAGGAUCGCUAGUGGUGGAAGAAAAUUUGCUCGUACCUACCAAAGUGCUCGAGCUGGAAAAGACUCUCGAGGCGGAGGAAACGUCCGCACUGAAGGAAACCGAUGACGGAGAACCGUUGACCAUCUUUAAAUCGGAACCUGUUGAAGUCUCACCAAUGCCGAUCCCGGCCCCACCACCAUCACCGCCAGUAUCGAACUCACCCCAGAACGCUGCUGUAUCUCAUCUGAAUGUGUUGCUGGCAAGUAAUAGCUCUAAACCAAAGGGACCGUCAACACCAACACCGUCCAUUGAGGUGCGCCAAGCACCCGAGAUGGAAACCGUUCCCGCACCGGCUACCGUCCCGGUAUCAUUCGCACCAAACUCACAACUGUUCCUUCGCCGAAAGGCACUCAAUGCUGGCAGCAACAGUUUGGCCAUCCAUCACCAGCAAACCGUUUACCGGGAGAGUGUCGUGUCCAGCACGGAACGGUUGGCAACGUUUGCCGAACCUUCGAACCUAGCUUCAACGACCACAACCACAACUACGGCCACCUCAACGGCCAUUCCACCGGGGAGCGCUAGGAAGAAGAAGCUGACCACACGCGUUACGGUAAACAUGCGCAAGAUAUCACGCCGUGCGUCGGACAUCAGUCCAGCCUCCUCGCGUCCCAACUCGGCCAACCUGGACGAUGUGGAGCUUCCGUCCUCCGGAUGUAUUACACCGACUGGAACGGGUCAGGGCUGCGGACUCGGCACCGUCCGCCACUCGUGUGGCAAUGAGCUGCUGCGUGCCUUUUCCAAGCUGAGACUGAUUGCACCGGAAGAAGCGGUAACGAAAUCCAGCUCCGGUACCGAUCCGAACGGUGGACGUUCUGGGACGCCAGUGAUUGUUGGUGCUGGUGCGCAUCAAAUGGCGACCAAUGGAGCAGCAAACCGGAUCGAUCGUUUUGUGUGCUGCAACUGUGGCAGCUCGAUGGUACCGGCAGAUACGUUUAGUGUACCCACCGGCAGUCGGAUCGGCAUGACAGCCGCGUUCGGUGAGAUGAACUUUCCGCGGGAAAGCUUCGUGUCCAUGUUUGAGCCUCCGUUGACGCCCACACCAGGCAGUGCUAUGGCUAACCGGUUUCAUUCGAUGACUCCAUUCCAGAAAUCAACCGAAGAUCUUUACAUCGAUGACGACUUUUGCCAAGGACUAAACCAUAUGGGCGCCAACAUGGAGCUGGUCGAACCACUGGACGAAGGGCAGUACCUCCUCGACACGUACGGAUACGACAUUUACGCAACGGAGAUCUACCACGCCGAGGAAGAGGAAGAGGAGGAGGAGGAGGAGGAAGGUGUGGAGGAGCAGUUCGCUUUCCCCAAUCUACUGGUCACACCUGCAGCGACAAGCGCCGAAUGUACCGACGAUGAGGCAAAGUUCCUCGAGAAGUGUUCCAAGCUUAACUCACAAUCACUAACGGCCGAAUUCGCUACUCUCGCAUCCCCAAUCGAUUGUGAGCCCCAAUCGAUGGUGGCCACUAAGCAAGAUACAGAUGCUUCACCUUUGCCGCAAACAGAACAGUGAUAAGGGAUUUAUUAAGGAACCGAUGUGUGUAUAUAAAUGUUUCAAGAAAAAGGUCAAAAUAUUACGGUUAAAAGCUAGACACUCGAAACCCGCUCAUGGGUUCGUACGAUUGAAUGCAUGUUUUGGAAAUAUCGUUAAUCAACAACUAGCAAGUAUUAUAUUGGUGGUCCCGUAAGUAGAGGAUCCAAUUGAAAAUCCCUUUCUUUUAUUAGCAUCAUAUUAAGAAAGACUUCCUUGUUUCAUCGCACACACACACUCGAACGUAAUAUCUUUCGCUCGUCAAGAAUAUUUAUUUACGCCUCGUAAUAAUAUAUCGCCAGUGUCUUCCAAACGAACCGGCCAGUAAGCACUUGAAAUAGAAAAUCGACGUCAGCACGGUGAAGAUGAAGAUUGCAUUAUACUCGAACAAGAAAAGUUUCGCCACCGCUUCCUUCCGAACGCCACGCACCUGUUUAUUGAUGUAAACGAAAUAAAUUAUUUCAUACGAAAACUAGUAAA